GAGAAACGUACACAAUAAGCAAGCAAAGUGGAGAGUGAGGAGUGAAGUGGAAUUCGAAGUGUCCCUCUGCGACUUUCUCCAACAUCGUCACUCAACUUCUCAACCAUCCAAAACCACACCGUUUCCAUAUGUUGAAUCCCGAACCCCCACCGCCGAUGAAACUAACGCCUCACCGCCACGAAACGACGUCGUCGUCUGCGCUGAAGAGGAAGAAGCACAGAACUCCCUUCGCACUUCCCCCAUCCGCGGAAGUGGUCGACGUCGAAUCAUUCACGCCGAUCUCCUUCCGAGGCACCACCAAGUCAAGCGCCAUCUCCGUCGAGCAUUACGACGCCGUUUCCACCCCCUCCCACGUCAUCGAUCUCACCGACACCGACGACGACGACGUUUGCAUCCUCAACUUCAAGCCGCGAAUCGCGAAGCUCCAGAAGGUCGAGGGAGAGUCUUCUUCCAACGCUGCUCCUUUCCUCUGCGAAUUCUGCGUGGAAACCAAAGCCGCAAGCGACUCCUUCAGCAUCCCCGGAUGCUGCCACGUGUACUGCAAUAACUGCGUGGCCCUGUACGUGGAAUCGAAGCUGCAACAAAACAUGGUCCACAUCGGGUGCCCUGUGCCUGGGUGCAGGGGAUUGCUGGAGGCGCAUGAUUGUCGCGCGAUUCUCCCUUCGGGGGCCCUUGAUCGGUGGGGGAAGGCGUUGUGCGAGGCUGUGAUUUCAGCGGAAGAGAAGUUCUACUGUCCCUUCGCGGAUUGCUCUGUGUUGUUGAUUCGCGAGGGCGAAGACGGUGAUAUUAGGGAGUGCGAGUGUCCCAAUUGUAGGAGGCUGUUCUGUGCCCUAUGUAGGGUACCGUGGCAUCAUGAGAUAUCGUGCGAGGAGUUUCAGAACCUGAACGCCAACGAGAGAGAGAUGGAGGAUAUAAUGUUGAUGAACCUCGCUAAGCAAAUGCAGUGGAAGAGGUGCCCUAGUUGUAGGUUUUACGUCGCAAAAUCCCAGGGCUGCAUGUACAUGAAAUGCAGGUGUGGCAACGCUUUCUGUUACAGCUGUGGAGCUCCUUACGUAGGUUCCAACCAUAAUUGCAACUACUGUGCACGCUAACAACACUUGAACAUAUUACGUUUCACCGAACGAUAUUAGUAUAUAUAAUGGCUGCAAGGAGGUUUAUAGUGUAUGACCUGAUGCAAACUAUUUAGACGAACAUUAUUAUGCAUUAUCAUUAAUUUAUAAAUCUUACAGUUUAUUUUAACUUUUUCAAAUAUUAGAACACGAUUUCCAAUCUGUUUCAAGUAUGAGUUUAUGAGUGCAUAAUACUAUCUAUCUUUGGCAGAAAUAAGGUUUGUGUAUUUUUAUGUAUUUAUUUUUACUUGAAGUUCAAAUCUGAAAUGGUUUGUUUGACUAGGUCCAUGUUCAAAGCAUGUAGUAGUAAUUAAAAAUCCGUCAACAGUAUUUGGGAUCAAGUAUAUGCGUUUGAGCAAUGUAAUCCUGUGAGUUAAACAUUGCUUAACAGUUUUUUACUUUAAUAUGAAGAUGAUGGAUUUUUUUUAA